AUGUUGCUCCUACCAGCCCUCACUUUGCUCCUGGCAACCUGCCAAGCCCAGAGAGAAGUGGAUACCACUGUAUCCGAAUCAAUCGGUGAUAUUACAUGGUCAACCGAUGCUGAGCAGACCCUGCAUCGCAAUGCCGAGAUAAUCUCCCGGCUGGCAGAGACGCCCGCGCAAGGCGUGCGAAAGAUGAGCAGUGACGAAGGGGAGAAAUUCUUCCUGGAUUACUGGCAAUUCCUCGAUAAUGUCCAGGGGCUAUCAGAGCGAGAGACCAACGACGAGACUAUGGAUGAUGAGACGCCGGAAGUGUUUCUGGAGCGGUCAUUCCCUCUCCAACCCCCGUCUUUGCCGUCGGAUCUGGACAAUCCAUUGCAAGUGCGGGACUUCAAGUGCCCGACGGGUACCUACGGCUGCACGUCUAUCGGCCGACCGAAUCGCUGCUGCGGUGCCGGAGAGACGUCGCUGGGUGGUGGCUGCUGCAUUCCUGGCUACGAGUGUGUUCCCGGAGGAUGCGCCUACAUCUCCGUCAUUACAGUGACUCUCCAGUCGACCGUGAUGGUAUCCACCAGAACGUAUUCGACCGAGCCGCAGAGUACUCCGAGCUCGACCUCUUCGUCUCACACGAGCAACACCAAGACUGAAAGUCUGGCACCGCCAGCCCGACCUACAAGUCUCUCAACCGCCACUACGGGAGAGGGAUUCUGUCCGACUGGGUUCUAUGCUUGCUCGGCCGUCUACCAUGGCGGGUGCUGCCAGACCGGUCGAGACUGCGAUACCACGUCGUGUCCUACGACAUCUUCAACGACGCUCACCACUGAUGGCAGGACAAUUGUACUGCCUGUCACGGCUACAGCAGGGAACCACGGAGGCGGAGGACGGUGCGCGAGGGGUUGGUUUAGCUGUGCGGACACGGUGGGCGGAGGCUGUUGUCCUUCCGGGUUUAUGUGCGGGUCGAGCUGCACGGCGACGGCGGCGUCGUCGACCACGGUGUCCAAGGAGCAAGCAACGAAUGGGGGCAAUGGAUUAUCUCCUGGGAUGCUGGGGAUUGGCGUUGGUGGUCUGGGGAUGCUGUUGUUGUAG